AUGUGCGGGCCUUAUCACAUUGGUACAUUCCUUGUUUUUCUGCAGGUGGUCGCAGAGUUGCGCCACUUGUCCUGUGCCUUUGGUGCCGCGGCCCUGGUUGCUCGGGUGCUCGGGUGUAGCUUCCGGUGGCUUGGAGGGCUCCAUAAAGCAGUUGUGCCCCGCAGAAAAAGUAACCAAAGACUUGCCGUACGUUGCCUGGCCUUGAAGUCGAGUCGUGCUGGGCAGUCGGCAUUUGCGUCUGCCAAGACCUUUGUCGCCAAUGCGCCUGCGCUCUUCGCCUACGCCGAGCGGGCUGCAGUCCUCGGGCGCGCCCCGCUGCUGGCCGUGAGGCAGUCGCAGGCAAAGCGCCAGUUGUCAAAGCUCGAGCUCCACGUGUGCGUUUGUAGCAGAGAAACCUAUCGUGCCAUGUGA